AAGCCGUCGACACGAUGGCAGCGCCACUCAACCUGCGCGAGCUGAGCGUGUCAAGGGCGCAGCAGCUGCUCUUCUCGCGGCAGCUCAGCUGCGCACAGCUGGUGGAGCACUAUCUCGCUCGCAUUGCGCGCUUCGAUCAGGCCGGCGCCGCGCUCAACGCCGUCAUUCGGCUCAUGCCCGCGGCCCUCGCCGAGGCCGCAGCACUCGAUGAAGAGCUGCAGCGUGCUGCACACGACACGUCUGCGCUGCGGGCGCGCAGGCCGCUCUUUGGCAUUCCCGUGCUGCUCAAGGAUCAGGCCGAGACGGCCGGCGUCGAGACGAGCUUCGGCAGUGUCGAUGCGGCCGCCUACGUGCCUGAGACAGACGCCACCUGUGUCGUGCGUCUUCGAGCAGCCGGCGCCAUUAUACUGGCCAAGACGACGAUGCCGCCGUGGGCCUGCUCCUUCUUCUCCCUCGGCAACCUGACGGGCCCCACGCGCAAUCCGUACGACGGCGCACGCGACUCGGGCGGCAGCUCGAGCGGCUCGGCCGCCGGCUGUGCGGCCGACUUUGCCGUGCUGGCCGUGGCGGAGGAUACGGGGGGCAGCGUGAGGCUGCCGGCGGCUUGGUGUGGCCUCGUGGGCUUGCGUCCGACACCGGGCCUCAUCUCAGGUGCCGGAUGCUCGCCGCUGCUGCCCGGACAGGACACGCUGGGGCCGAUGGCACGCACCGUCCUAGAUGCUGCACAUCUCCUCGAUGCACUCGUCGGCUUCGACCCCAAGGACGUGCUCAGCUCCACCAACGUGCUAGCUCCUCGUCCAGAGGGCGGCUACGCCUCUGCUCUCUCGAAGCACUCCCAGCUGCGCGGCCUGCGAUUCGGCGUGCUCACGCAAUGUUUCGGCGACGAGUCAGAAGCGGAGGGAAGCGCCUCGAACGCCACGGCUCGAGCCGCUCUCUCCAAGCUUCAAGACGCAGGCAUCGAGCUGGUCGAAGUCAGCGUCGAGCAACUCUGGGAGCAAGUCGCCUUCACUUCCCUCUACGUGCAAGAAGGUCGCCAAUCGCUCGAGCGUUUCUUCGCCUCUCGUCCCGCACUCGGGUUCACGGACGUAGCUUCGCUGCACGUCGAUCCAGCGGUAGAGCUGCUCAAGCUACUGCAGACCAAAGCGCCGGCUCUGGCGUCUGAGGACAAGAAGUUCGGCGAGCGACUGCGCGCAAAAGAGCUGUUCCAGCGCCGCAUGCUCUCGUUGUACGCGCAAGAGAAGCUGGAUGCCUUCAUCUACCCGAGCGCCAAGACGCCUGCUCCACUGCGCAGCGACAUCGAGAGCGGCAGAUAUGCCUUUGAUGGCAUCCCCACCAACACCGUCAUUGCAAGCCAGCUCUGCUGGCCCGCCAUCACGCUCCCAGCGGGCCUGACAAGCUCAGACGGGCAGCUCGGCGGCCUGCCUGUCGGGCUGGAACUCAUGACGCCGCCGUACUCGGAUGCGAGACUGCUCAGCCUGGCGCACGGCGUGGAACAGGCCACACAGGCCCGUGUGCCGCCGCCGGGACUGGACUGAGCUUCGCGCUUGCGAGCACCUGGCAAUGAGAAGCAUGCGUUCCAUUCCAGACCAGCAAUCACUCGUUGGUGAACUUGGCCUGCGAGAUGCGGGU